AUGAUGACCAUGACUACGAUGGCUGACGGGCUGGACGCGCAAGACUCCUCCAAAUCCGCCUUCAUGGAGUUCGGGCAGCAGCAGCCGCCGCCGCCGCAGCCGCCGCCGCCGCCCCACUCCCAGCAGAGCUCGCCGGCCAUGGCCGGCGCCCACUACCCGCUGCACUGCCUGCACUCCGCCGCCGGCUCGCACCCGCACCACCAGCAUCACCACCACAGCUCGCCCUACUCCGGCAGCGCCGGCUCCUACAACCACCGCUCGCUGGCCGCCUACCCCUACGUGAGCCACUCGCAGCACAGCCCGUACCUCCAGUCCUACCACAACAGCAGCGCGGCCAGCCAGACGCGGGCGGACGACGCAGAUCAGCAAAAAACCACAGUGAUUGAAAACGGUGAAAUCAGGUUCAAUGGAAAAGGGAAAAAGAUUCGGAAGCCUCGAACCAUUUACUCUAGUCUACAACUCCAGGCUUUAAACCACCGCUUUCAGCAGACUCAGUACCUGGCACUUCCAGAGAGAGCUGAACUGGCAGCUUCAUUAGGACUUACCCAGACACAGGUGAAGAUCUGGUUUCAGAACAAGCGCUCCAAAUUCAAGAAGCUGCUGAAGCAGGGCAGCAACCCCCACGAGAGCGACCCUCUGCCCGGCUCCGCCGCCCUCUCCCCUCGCUCUCCGGCUCUGCCUCCAGUCUGGGACGUUUCAGCUUCUGCCAAGGGAGUCAAUAUGCCUCCCAACAGCUACAUGCCUGGCUAUUCUCACUGGUAUUCUUCUCCACAUCAAGACACAAUGCAGAGACCACAAAUGAUGUGA